CUGUCUGCCGAGGCUUCCGAGCUGGGGAGGCAAGGGCAGGGGUAGGGGUAGAUCGGUUAGAUUGUUGAUUCGGAGGACCGCAGAAUAAUGUCUGAGCCUGGUGGGCCUGGCGAGGCAACGCUAUCGCUUUCUAAGGCAGAUGAGAGCAUCGUGAUCAACCCGGACGUGACGGACCAAGUGCGAACCGAGAAGUCUGACACGAGCAGCUCUUCAACUGGUCACUCCCGUGCUACGACAACAGUGACCGUUGUCACAACUAAGACUCCAACGCGCACAGAGGUGGUGAAGACCAUCGUAUCCGUGUGCAAGGAUUCGGCUGCUGACGAAAACCGCGAUGCUUCAUCGACUCUUGCACUGCCCACAAUAACCCGCACUACCACCAAAGAGAUGACGAUCACCACAGGGACGGCCAUAGUGCGCAAUCUGGAGGAGCACUCCACCACCACUACUGCACCGAGCACAGAGUUGAGCAUAACAUCUUUUGAUGUGCUCUGAAUUUUUCAGCGGAAUGGGAGUUUGGCAGGUCGUAGCUCAGAGAAUCAAUAAUCUACCUUUGCCUCGUGAGGUCGUGAAUAUUGUCAUAGACUUAAUACAAUGAAAAUCAAAUUAUAUUGUAACUUUUAUUCUCAUUGAAAAGAUGUGCAGUUUGCAGCAUCGUAUCUUACAGCAAACACAUGGUAAAAGCUUUACUAGAGGAUGGUGACCUCUCUAUAUCCCAAGACAAAAGUGCCGUGGUGCAAAACAUUUCCACAGACAAACAGGUUUAUGUUUAUUUUUUUAACUGUGCAAGUAACUGGAAUGACAGGUGUUAAAAGAUGAGGAAAUGUUAUGCCAGAAUAAGAGAGAAUAUAAGUUCUGAACGCAAAUCAACGAACGGUGACGUUUCCAUACAGCUAAAAUUAUUUGUUAACGGUUCAUUAAUCAAUAAAUAUUGUGAGAUAAUUAUGUAAUUUGUACUUCCUGGAACUAUCAAGUAAAGGCCAUUGGGGCACUAAAUACAACACACUUA